AUGGACCCAAGACAGCGGGUGGCCCUUGAAGUUUCAUAUGAAGCUCUUUUGGAUGCAGGCGUUGAACGAGGUGCCACAGACACGGACGUCACAGGAGUCUUUGUUGGUUCAAUGAACCACGAAACCGCCCUUGAGGGAGGGCCCUUUGCUACUGCCUAUACGGUCACUGCAGCACACAUCAGCAUUUUAUCAAACAGAAUAUCAUAUGUGAAUGGCUUUUCUGGGCCAAGUGUAACACUUGACACCGCUUGCUCCUCCUCUCUGGUUGCCCUUGAUUUCGCCCUUAGUUAUAUGGCGAGCCAAGCGAUUUCACAGGCUGUGGUUCUAGGGGUUAAUCUCAUGCUAAGAGUCGAGGCGUACCAACAGACCUGUAAAGCGCACAUGCUCAGCAUUGAUGGAAGAUGCAAAACCUUCGACGCGUCGGCCAACGGAUACGUCCGCAGUGAGGGAUGUGGUGCACUAUUAGUGAAGGCUCUACCGCGUCACUCCACAGACCCAGGGGCUGUCUACGCCUGGAUUCGGGGUGCUGCCAAUAACCACGUAGGCAGAAGCGCAAGUCUCACUGCGCCCAAUGGCCCUGCUCAACAAGCAGUCAUUCGAGCGGCUCUCCACGAUGCCCAAGUGAAGUCGCCUGCAGAUGUGUCGGUGUUGGAGGCACAUGGUACUGGGACGUCUCUGGGAGAUCCUAUCGAAGUUGGAGCGAUCCGCGCAGUCUACUGCAAUGGCUUUGCAGACAGCCCCCCACUGAUAGUGGGCGCCUUGAAAUCGCUCAUGGGGCAUUCUGAAGGGGCCGCAGGCAUCGCUGGACUCAUAAAGCUAAUUCUGGUCCUGCAACACAGAAUGGCUACUCCGAAUCUGCAUCUAAACAUGCUAAACCCACACAUUGACGUGACUAGAAGCGAUAAGUACAGAGGCCUCAUGUUUCCGAGCAAGUGUGUUCCCCUCGACGGCCUGUUUGGGAUUCACGAGUCGCAGCCACUGCUGGGUGCGGUGAGUUCGUUCGGAUUUGGAGGUUCCAAUGCUCACGCAAUUGUUGAGGUGGCCCCCACGUUCAAGUCGACCUGGGCGGUAACUGGAGAGCCGGCCAACGCCACUUCGGGAAAACGCUGUGCCAGUAUUGUGUGGCUAUUUACUGGACAAGGAUCGCAAUACCUAGAUAUGGCAUGUGCUUACUUCAACCACAGUGCUGUAUUCAGAAACACAAUUUCCGAAUGCACUGCGUGUUUGAAGGAAAUGCACUGGUUCCCAGAAAGAGGCCCUCAAAGUAUUGAAGACAUGAUAUAUGGCGCAGGAGCGCAACCCGACAGGAAGGCAAUGGAGGAACUUUUAAGCCAAACGCAAUACUCACAAGUUGCUAUCGUCGCCGUUGAGCUAGGUUUGAGUCACGUGCUUCUGGACCGCGGGAUGAAGCCCGACGUUGUGAUUGGCCACAGCCUGGGUGAAUACGCAGCGGCCGCUGUUGCUGGCGUGAUGGGAUGGAAGGAUGCCUUGCGUCUUGUUGCAAGGCGCGCAUCGCUACUGGCGGCCCAGCCCAGCAAUGACGGAAUCAUGGUAGCUUGCCGGCUGCCAGCUGACAAAGUCCAAACUGCCCUUUCCAGCGACCUUCAACACUUGCACGCAGUCGCCCUUGCAGGAGACAAUGCUCCACAAAGCGUGACGAUUGCAGGAGCGAGGGAUGAAGUGGACACGCUGCUUCGGCACCUUGGUGCUUCUGCUGCUGCCAAGCGCCUCCCAGUAUCCCACGCUUUCCACUCUCCGCUCAUGGCGGGUGCUGUUGCGGAGAUGGAAGCAAUUGUCAGCACAGUAAACCUACAGCCGGCGAACAUACCCAUUGCUUCGACGGUUCGUGGGCGAAUGCUUGACCCAUCAGAGCCUCAAGAUCCACAUUAUUGGGGCGGGCAGCUUACGCUGCCUGUCAGGUUUAGGGAAGCUGUUAUGGCAGCAGUUGAGUCAUGCGGUUUGGAUCACGUUAUCUUUGUAGAGGUAGGGCCCCAACGAACUCUCAUUAAUUUGGCUACACAGACAAUUGGUAAGCAUGAGGGCCACACGGUGGAGAUGUUCAACAUGGUUGAAAGGGGUGAAGCAGCCGAUGAAGAAACAUUAAUGGAGAGACUACAGAAGUGCCAACGCAUAUGCAGGGGCGAAGACGAGUUCAUCUCCAAGCACAAGUGGAACCACCAGUCUUUUGAAUGGAGGAAAAUAUCUCACCCACUCAUCGACAGCGACACUGCAGAUCUCAGUACUGAGCCAGAAAAUGGCGUCGCAAUUUGUGAAGCAAGCGUGCGCAACGGCACGCUGAGCGUUCUGAGGGACCAUCUUGUGUGGGGUAUACCCAUUCUUCGAGGCGUUGGCUUCAUCGACGCAAUGCUAGGUGCUGCUUUAGCUCGAUACGGCUGCACACUUGGGGAGGCCUGCAUCGAGCUGCAUAAUGUAGCCAUUCUCAAGCCGAUGAUUUUGUACGAAGGCCCUGAAACAUGGGGAACCCAUAUCGUACAUUGUCCAACCAGCCGAAGCGGUGUUCAUCUGAAGAUACGGCUAGAAGAGGCAGAUGAAUGCACGUACGCUACCCUUUCCUCACACCACGCUGGAGGAGUCGCAGCCGAUACAGCUCUCUCUGCUGAGGUUACUCAUGCUGAAGGCUGGAUUUCGCUGAUGGAAGAUGCAAAUUCUGUGAAGCCACCACCACUGGAUGUCGAGGGGAGCACUAAACGCAUGACUGAAAACAUGACUCUGCAUUACGGUGCUGCUGAAGCCUACGAAGAACUUCGGCGGCGUGGACUAGAAUACGGACCGUGCUUUCAAACUAUUAAGGACAUGCUGAUUGCAGGCAAUUCUGCACUUGUGAAGCUGCAGUUCCACCACGAAGUUGCUGAUUUCGAACGCAGCUUUAUUUUGCAUCCCUCAAUCUUCGACGGAUGUGUGCAGGCCGCAGCACUCCUUGCCUUCAGCGUGCAUAGCUGCGCAACAGCCCUUGUGCCUGUUAGAGCCUCCACAAUACGAGUGUGGAAUAGUACACGUGCAUCGAAUAACUGCUACUGGGCAGAAAUAAGCGUGAUAACUGGUAGUAAGGACGCAACGACAGAGUCUGAUGGCACUCUCGUUUCCAUCACUUUGUUUGAUGACAGCGCCAAUUCGAUUGCACAGAUUGGUACCAUGUGCUUACAACCAGUAGUGUCGAAUCAGAUCUUUCCUGCAGAGAGGGACCUUGGACGUGGGCUAUUGUGGGGCGAGAAAUGGAUCGAAAGAAAGGCAUGGCAGACAUAUUCGAAGCCUGCUACGCAGAGGCGGGCAAUGCAUUGGCUUGUGCAUGGAGUAGAGACUGAGGAUUCUAGCCCAUUGAUUCAAACAGUGGAUUCAAGCACCACUAUUGAACUGCACUAUGCCUCUAAGGCCUUGCGAAACCGGUGGGAGAGCGUUAGUUUAGCUGAGUGGGAUGCAGUGGUGCACUUUGGUGGCGCAUGUCGAAGCUGGAGCUCUGCAGAAGAAUACAUUGGUGAUGUCAUGGAUUUCCUGCAGAGUAUCGCAGAACAGAUUAAUGGUAAUGGGUCUGAGACCCUUCCUCCAGUGGUCAUUGUGGUUGGAGGUGCCUCCGCUGUGCUUCCCGAGGAAGAGGCCGCACACCCAUUGCUUGCCGGAGUUCGAGGUCUAUGCCGGACAGCACGUCUUGAAAUGGAAGCAAUUGCAAACCGUCCGGUUCCCCUUGUUCUGCUAGAUAUAGAGCCACCCCAUUUGGAAACUGUGCAUCCUACAGUCGGCAUGCUCCAGCAGGUCGCGUCGAUUCUGCUUUCCCCCAGCUUCACAAAAUACACUCAAUCUUUCGCAGCAGACGGUCGCGAAUAUAUCGAAACCGAGCUCGCUGUCCGUAGUGGUCGCGUGCUCAGUCCUCAGCUUGUGUUCAGCGGGAUCCAGCUUCUACCGGUUGCGCGUGUGAAGUGCAAUAUAGGAAGCGGGGAAACAUUCGUAAUAUCGGGCGGCCUUGGCGGGCUCGGUCUCACUGUAGCCCACUGGCUUGCGGAUAACGGCGCCAAUGCAUUGAUUUUGCUCUCCAGGACGGGAACGCCGCCACGUGACGGAGCCACGGCGAAACUUUGGCAGCAGCUCAUAGAGAAGCAUAGCGGUACACAAAUCAUCGUCCAGAGAUGCGACGUUUGUCGUCUAUCUGAUGUCAAGAAUCUGUUCGAUGGUAUUGCACGGGGAUGCCUCGUUUGUCACGUUACCAGCAAGGUAUGCUUUGUAGGCCCGUUAAGUGGCAUCUUCCACAGUGCAGGUGUACUGGUAGACAGACCACUGGCGCAACAAGACCGUAGCUCUUUGGAGCUAGUAUUCCGACCAAAGGUAGAAGGAGCAUGGAAUAUGCACAAUUGCCUCUCCGCGCUGGGGAUGGAAGAGCGAUUGAAGUACUUCGUAAUGUUUUCGUCGUCGGUUGGACUGCUUGGGAACGCCGGCCAGGCAAACUAUGCAGCCGCCAACUGCUGUCUUGAUGAAUUGGCAAGGUACCGGCGCUCGCGGGGUCUUGUUGCCCAUAGCAUUCAGUGGGGCCCUUGGGUGGUACAAGGCAUGGCUACUCAGCUGAAAGGGCGCUUUGCGAAGGCGGGAUUUGGAGGGAUUUCUAACCCACUGGGACUGCUGGCGCUCAGUGCAAUUUUGCAACAAAAUGUAGAAGCUGUUGUGGGAUGCCAACCGCUGUACUGGAGCCGCUUCUUGCUGCGUUAUAAAUUCGGCAUUCCAGUAGCCUUCCAACAGUUUGGAAUGCUUGAAUCGGGUGCAUCGAAGUCAUCUGCCGGCACUUCAGGCCACAAAGGUGGAAGUUUCGUAGAGCCUGCGCAUAAAGCAAGUAGAGUACAGCAAAAGGACAAGCGCGAGCGCAUCAAACAGGCCAUCAUGACAGCUGCGAAGUCUGUUUUGAAUGAUUCUACUGACUUAAGUGCAGACGCUCCUUUACAGGAGCUUGGAAUCGACUCUUUGGGGGCAAUUGAGUUCCGAGACUCAGUUCAAAACGCACUCAAUGUAAGACUCAGCGCAACUGUUCUAUUUGACCAUCCAACUGUCGACGCGCUGACGAAGUUCCUUUUGCAAGAAGUAAGCGAGGACAACGACACUGAAAGUAAGCCCGCGGCACUUGUCGAGCCAGUGACACCUUUGGAAGCUUCAGGAGACGUCGAAGCUGCGGUAGUGGGAAUGGCAUGCCGGUUUCCAGGGUCGGACAGUGACCCUAGUGGAUUUUGGAGGAUGCUUUCCCAUGGUAUAGAUUGCUUAUCCAACAUUCCUGAAAACAGGUUUGACGUUGAUGGUUCAUACAAUCCAGACCCUGAUGCUCCCGGUAAGAUGUAUGUGCGCCAAGGAGGGUUCAUUGGAUAUAUGGAUCUUUUCGACAACCACUUUUUUCAUAUUUCCGAUGGAGAAGCAAGACAAAUGGAUCCUCGACAACGCGUUUCACUCGAAGUAGCAUUUGAAGCUGUUGUUGAUGCCGGGUUUAAUGACUUGGAAGACUUGAAAGGUCUUCCUAUUGACGUCUUUGUUGGUUCAAUGAACCACGAGGACGUCUUCAAGGACCUCUCCGCCAUCACAGCGUUCACAGCGACAUCGAAUGCCGUAUCAAUAUUAGCAAACCGAAUAUCGUAUUUCUACUCUCUGACAGGCCAAAGCGUGUCAGUUGAUACCGCGUGCUCAUCCUCUCUUGUUGCCCUUUGCCUCUCCCUACCAUCGCUCCAUUCACAGGAAAGGACUGCACUGGUAGUUGGCGUCAACGCGCUUCUCUCAGCAGCUUAUUUUGUUCAGACAUGCAAAGCGCACAUGCUCAGCAUUGAUGGAAGAUGCAAAACCUUCGACGCGUCGGCCAACGGAUACGUCCGCAGUGAGGGAUGUGGUGCACUAUUAGUGAAGGCUCUACCGCGUCACUCCACGGACCCAGGGGCUGUCUACGCCUGGAUUCGGGGUGCUGCCAAUAACCACGUAGGCAGAAGCGCAAGUCUCACUGCGCCCAAUGGCCCUGCUCAACAAGCAGUCAUUCGAGCGGCUCUCCACGAUGCCCAAGUGAAGUCGCCUGCAGAUGUGUCGGUGUUGGAGGCACAUGGUACUGGGACGUCUCUGGGAGAUCCUAUCGAAGUUGGAGCGAUCCGCGCAGUCUACUGCAAU